UUGUAAUGUAUUAGGGAAUUUUACUAUUAUAAUUGGUAACGGAACCUACCGUACCGGGAGAACUUCAUGUAUAUAUGUAUGUAAAAAUGACAGUGCACAAUAAAUGUAAUUAUGUUGAAUUAUAUUUUCGUAUUUUACAAGUAUCAUACAUAACAAGUGGUGUCAGAAGUGGAAUUACAACUCGUGUUUUGUGAUUGCUACCACAGUGUCUGUAAUUGCAAUUUUGGUUAUCAAAAAUACACCAGGUGCCAACUAUCGUGAUCGUCUCGUCUAAUGAUAUCGGCGUAAUCAUUCCGUUGCACGUGUGUAGUGACCUUUUGCCUCUAAGCCUUUUGCUCUUUCGCGCAAUUCAUUAUAGCAUUGAUUAUACACGUGUAUAAUCAAUGAUUAUAGUAAUCAAGGACUCGAUUUAUCAACCUAACGUACAGGAUACUUCAAACAAUCGAUAUGGCAAACGUACCUCCGGAAUUAUUGCAAUCAUUCGCGCAAUUAAUUGCAACCGCUCUGCGGGAAAAUGCUGGUGGAAACCCAAACGUCCAGGCGGAGGCCACAGUUUCCCACUCAAAACCACCGGGAUUUUCUAUGUCGGAAUAUCGUACGACAGAUGGUACAACGGUACAGGACUAUUUCAAGAGAUUUGAUUGGGCACUCGAACUAAGUAAGGUACGUGAAGAUCAAUUCGCAAUGUAUGCUCGUGUUCACAUGGGUUCUGAGCUAAAUAAUGCACUCAAAUUUCUUGUUAGCCCAGCAGAACCUGAAACUGUGUCAUAUAAUGAUUUAAAACAAACACUGAUAAAUCAUUUUGAUCGUGCAACAAAUAAAUAUGUAGAGAGCAUACGUUUCCGGAAUAUUGUUCAGCAAAAAGGUGAAUCAUUAACCAAUUUUGUCCUUCGCUUAAAACAAGGAGCUGCCAAAUGUGAAUAUGCAGCAUUUCUUGACCGCAUGCUAAUCGAACAACUACUUAAUGGGCUGGAAUGUCGGGAAAUGUGUGAUGAAAUCAUAUCAAAGAACCCGGAAUCAUUUAAGAAAGCAUAUGAAAUCGCACACACAUUGGAGGCUACACGUAAUUCGUCAAAUAAUGUGAGGACAGCACACCCAUCGGCAACUGUGGAAAGUACAAACAAGCUAGGGUACGCGCCACCAAAGAACAAGCACAAGAAGUCUCAAUUUCAUAAGCGAUCGUCAUCACGUGGUCAAAUGCAAGACCUCAAGGGUUCUCAAGGAAUCGGCCAAAACAGUAAUGAUGUUCAAUCAUCAUGCAAUGGGUGCGGUGGUCAACAUGCACGUGUCAAAUGUCCUUUUCGAGAUGCCUCGUGCCACACUUGUAACAAGAGAGGUCACAUCUCAAAGGUAUGUAGAAAAAAGUCAUCUGCUCAGAGUACCACUAACCAAGUAAUUGAAGCGCCUCAACCGGCCAAUUAUAUUGAUAUUCUCCAUCAAUUUAACACAAUUAAUGAGAUAAAUGGAAUGUCUAAGCAGAUGAUCAACGUAAACAUUGAUGGUCAUGAUAUUAAAAUGGAAUUGGAUACAGGGGCACCUUGUGCCAUUAUGAGCAAACAAUGUUUAGAUUCAAUUAAUCCUAACUUACCAUUAAAGAAAUCUGACCGCCAGUUCAGCAGCUAUACAAAACAUAGUAUUAAUUGUAUUGGUAUAACAUCUGUCCGAGUUACAGUUGGCAAAACGUCAAGAACUUUGGAUCUUUAUGUUGUGGAGGAGAAUUAUGACUCUCUUUUUGGACGAGAAUGGAUAAGGGCUUUUGUUAACGAAAUCAACUUUAUUCAACUAUUCUCUUCACGUGAUCAACUCCAUACAAUUUCUUCAAAGGUGCCACAACUUUCUCGAGAGCAGCAGCAACAAAUUAGUAACUUGCUAUCACAAUAUGAUGACAUAUUCAGCAACACGGCAGGGAAACUAAGCGGACCACCAGCUCAAGUACACCUUAAGGCAGAUGCAGCACCGGUUUUUGUUCGCGCCCGAGAGAUACCUUUGGCCUUACGUUCCAUAUAUGCUAAGGAGAUCGAUGACAAGAUAGCAGCUGGAUUCUUCGAAAGGGUCGAUUAUUCAGAGUGGGCUUCGCCAACUCAUGUAGUAGUGAAGAAAAAUGGUAACAUUCGCAUCACUGGGAAUUAUAAGCCAACCGUAAAUCCACGGAUGAUCAUUGACGAGCACCCCAUCCCGAAAGCGGAACACAUUUUUGCUCGGAUGAAGCAUUCCAAACUUUUCUGUCAUCUGGACAUCACUGAUGCCUAUACACACUUAGCAGUUGAUGACAAAUUUCGCGAAGUAUUGACGUUGAAUACACCAACCCAUGGUUUGAUUUGUCCGACCAGAGCUAUCUAUGGAUCAGCGAACAUCCCAGCCAUAUGGCAACGUCGGAUGGAAACGGUUUUGAAGGACCUUCUCAAUGUCGUAAACUUCUUUGAUGACAUCCUUGUCUUUGCCGAAAGUUUUGAACAACUGCUGAGAACACUUCAAGCCACCCUGGACCGAAUGCGCCAACAUGGGUUACGCCUCAACCGAUCAAAAUGUGUCUUCGCCACAAACUCAGUAGAAUUCUUAGGACACAAAAUCGAUGAACGAGGUAUUCACAAAUCUGACAGCCAUAUUCGAGCAAUACGAGACGCACCAAAACCGUCAACGCCAGAGGAAUUAGAAUUGUUCAUUGGUAAAGCAACCUAUUACAAUCAUUUCAUUCCAGACCUAGCAACGAUAAGUCGUCCACUCAGAGAUAUGUUGCUGGCAGAAUCAUUUACAUGGACACCUGAAGCAACACAGGCUUACAACGAAUUAAAAAAUAUUUUAAUUUCGCCACAAGUCCUGAUGCCUUAUGAUCCAUCUCUCCCACUAGUAUUGGCAACAGACGCAAGUAAAAUGGGUCUAGGAGCAGUCUUGUCGCAUCGCUUGAGCAAUGGUGUAGAAAGGCCAAUUGCUUACGCAAGCCGCACAUUGAGCCUUACAGAACAGCGGUAUCCUCAAAUGGAUAAGGAGGCUCUUGCCAUCGUCUGGGCAGUCGAUAAAUUUUUUUAUUAUAUAUAUGCUCGCCAUUUUGUCUUAAUAACAGAUCACAAACCUCUCGCACAAAUUCUUCAGCCUACGAAAUCUCUUCCAGUUUUGUGUAUUAGUCGAAUGGCGAACUAUGCCGACUAUUUGUCACAUUUUAAUUUCGAUGUUCAAUACAAGCCAACUAAACUUAACACAAACGCUGACUAUUGUUCUCGCUUACCAGUAACAACGACCCACAAAUCAACACAUGCUGUGUCAUCAAUCGUACUGGAGAGAGAGGAAGAAGAAGACGGGUUUGACAACUUCACCCUAAAUCAAAUUAAACAAUUACCUGUUCGAGCUAAAGACAUAUCUAGGGAAUCGCGGAAGGAUGAUCAUUUGGGGAAAAUAGUACAAUUGUUGGAGAGGGGACGAAAUCUUGGUCGCUAUGGAUACAAGGCCCCCGAAAAGAACUACACCCUCUCUGGUGGAUGUUUGCUGUUUGAACACCGAGUUGUCAUUCCGCCAAUCUUCCGUCAACCUAUCUUAAACGAUCUACAUGCUGCACAUGUCGGCAUUGUAAAAAUGAAAGGAAUUGCUCGAUCCUUUGUGUACUGGCCUGGGAUCGAUGGAGAAAUUGAGCAGGUCGCAAAAUCUUGCAAUGAAUGUGCAAAACAUGCACACGUACCUCCAAGAUUUCGAGAACACCAUUGGGAGUACCCGAAAGGGCCUUGGGAGCGCGUGCAUAUUGAUUAUGCUGGGCCAGUAGCCGGCAUGAUGUUACUAAUUUUAGUAGACGCAUAUAGCAAGUGGGUUGAAGUAAAAGUAACAGCGUCGACUACAGCCUCAUCAACUAUAACCAUCCUCGACGAAUUAUUUGCAACAUACGGCGCACCAGUCACCAUUGUUUCGGACAAUGGUCCUCAGUUUACAUCUGAAGAGUUCAAACAAUUUCUCCAGUGGAGUGGAGUGAAAUAUCACAAGUUGUCAGCUCCGUAUCACCCAUCAACGAACGGUCAAGCAGAGCGCUUCGUACAAAGCGUGAAAGAUGCUCUUAAAGCAAUGGGCACUAACCGAGAUACGUUGAAAUCAAACCUUAAUGAAUUUCUACGCCAGUACAGAAAAGCCCCAAACGCUACCACAGGACAACAACCCUCUCUUCUUUUCCUUGGUCGUGUCAUACGUUCGCGACUAGACUUGGUGAGACCCGAAGAUACGUAUACCAGAAUGACGGAAAGAAACCGUAACUCGUUUAAUCCAUCAUUUCGCGAGUUUCAACCAAAUCACCUGGUUUACUUCUUAUCUGGAAAUCCACGACUGGAUAAAUGGUUACCUGGACGUAUUAUAACACGCCUAGGUGAUCUGCAUUACGAGAUCGACUUUGAAGGUAAACGCUUUAAACGUCAUAUUGAUCAAAUCCGGUCAUGCCAACAAACUACUAGUCAAAGUUCUAACCAAUCUAUGACGACAUCUUCAAGUGAUAAUUCUUCAGCACAGAGACGAGUUCAUUUCUAUAAUAAACCUGAACUGGUUCCUGAAAGAGCUGCAGAAUUACCCGAAGCACAAGCUGUUGCGAUUCCGCCAGGAUCACCAGCUGUACCUCAACGACAGGAGUUCCAGGCCGCGACUCUACCCCAGACUGAACGAAGGUCCACGCGGAUUCGGCAUGCACCCCGACGAUACUCUCCUGAUUAAGAAAACAAAGGAGGGAAGAAUUGUAAUGUAUUAGGGAAUUUUACUAUUAUAAUUGGUAACGGAACCUACCGUACC